AUGUGCAAUUUCCCUCCUUCCACGGCAUCUCAGCGGGGGCCAAGUGCAUCACCGCCUAUUCACAGCAGUCAAUACCGCGAUUCACAGUUCAGGCCACAUCUUCCUUCAUCACCUUAUCGGCGGAUGAAUGGAAUCCCAUCUACAGCGACGGCUGAGCCCCACGAUUCUGUCAGGAUUGAGCCCACUCCCGAGCCAGAGCACUUCUUUUCCCCCGUUGAGCCUUGUCUCUGUCCCAGGACGACUGCAGCACCCCGUGACCCUCUUGACCCCGACGGACACCUGAAAAGAUGUUCGGGUCGUAACAAGAAGAGCAGACAGCGAUGCAGCGCAGCCAUCGGGAAAAAGGCACAGCGAAACACCCACCCCACUUUCCUCCCAACAUGCAACGCACACCGCAACCAGCAGAGACUGGCUGGAUGGUGUCAAUUCAAGCUGGUCAACGGCGAAAAAUGUGGGCGCUUGUUCGGAUGGACGCCACCGUACUUUGAGCUGUGUCACGAACACCAGGGCCAUCCAGACACGCCGUCCUACUUUCUCAAAUUGCCGCUCGAACUUCGACAUGAGAUCUAUAGAUAUUUGCUUCCGACAACUUCCAUUGGCUCUUCCACUGCUUCGGUGCACACUGAUGCCGACGUCUUUGAUCCUUUGUUUGUGAAUGUUCCGUUUGGUCCCCUCAUGGGUUCACGGCCGUAUCACCCUGGUUCCAACAUGUCAUGUUGCUCGCCACCAUCCAGCAUAUUUCCCAUUCCAUUUCUGGAUUUGAUCUUGGUGAAUCGUCAGAUAUGCCAGGAGGUGCAAGGUUUGCUCUUCAGCAUCGCAACCUUCACCAUUGAUGUACGGAAAGAUGGGACGUUCAUGUGUGGACGCCGCCUUUUGGAGCCACAACGAGCGGAUGGAUCUUCACAUAUUGGGAUUGAAGAUGCUAAUCGUGCAAAGCUGCGUUUCCUAAAGAAUUUUAAUUGGUCUGCGGUAAAGAACUACAGAGUGGACAUCUUGCUGGAGAACUGGUCAAACACAAAGUGCAUGUCUCAGAGCUGGGACGAAGAGGUGGAGAUAUAUGAUAUUCGAGACUACGUCUCCGUCGUCGUCUCCGGCAUCCUUGCCAAAUCAAAGAAUCUAUGCAAACUCUCUGUGCGUCUCUGUCUAGCCGCAUUCCCAUGGUCACAUGCACAAACUCUCGCAAACACCAAGCUCAUCUUCGGCCCCUUUGAGCGAAUUCGGAACGUUCGCCAACCCUAUCUUGCUGGCGUUUACGAGGGCUUACCACUACACAACCAGAUGGUGCAGGUGCAACGUAUUUCACGAUUUGCAAGCGGCCUUCCCUGGCAUGGUGGCCAUCUUUGGUCUGUCCCUAGCUUGCCAACAUGUUCCCCUGUCUUGUUCCAUGGCAUGCCAGAUUUUGAUGCGUACACAGCUGAUUGGACACGCUGCAUCUCGUCUACCAGUCCGUCGCCUCUUGCUUCAAAGUCACCAAUCAAAGACAUGUUUACCUCGUUCAAGGACUUUUAUGCCAAGCUCGCCAUGGCCGUUCCAACAGUUGGGCAAAGAGACGGACGCAGAGCCUUUUUGCAUCGUGCUCGUGUCGCCCGAGAGCAAGAGGACAUUGUGUCGUUUCGAGGUUUGCGAAACGAGCUGAUUCAGUUGUGGUAUGCGUACCUGGAACUCGAGAUGCAGAAGAAGGAAGACAUGAACAAACGACUCAGCAAAAUGCUGGAGUGUGAUGUAUAUCCAGCUCAUGAAUGGCGUGUUGUCCCUGGCGAGACCAGUGCACAAGACAGCACCAGUAGGUGUGGAAAUGGGAGUGGUAGUGACUGUGGCAGUGGGAGCAGCAGUGGUAGUGCUACACUCCAAUCCCCUAUCGAACUCAACUCUGCAACCAUGGCCUUGGAAGGCAUACCCAUGACCUCCAACCCAUGCCUUUCCGUAAACAUUCUUGGCAUGGAUACAGACAACCAUGAGGCCUUGAUACGCUUAGAGCAGUGGCGCUACAUGCAUGCCCGACAACAUGCAGCCCUGGUGCAGGCACGGGCACAGGCACAGGCACAGGCACAGGCACAGGCACAGGCACAGGCACAGGCACAGGCAGAGGCAGAGGCUCAAGCACAAGCACAAGCACAAGCUCAACCUCAACCUCAACCUCAACCUCAACCUCAAGAUCAAGUCCCAUGUCCUCCAGAUUCACUCCCAGCCAUCUUCGCCGUCCUAUACUCAGCACCACCCCCACCCACAACCUCCCCACUCCCUACUCCGUCCUAUCCCACCCCCCAUCCCGAUCUCUCUCGGCCCAAACCCACACAGCGCCAACACCAACAACAGCGAGACCCAUACCUCAACCACACAUUAGGCAAAUGCAUCAAACAAGAAGACUCCUCCGACUCCCCCGACUACAAUCAUCACGAGCACCCGAAUCCCCAAAUCUUCGCAUCGCCAACCUUCCACCAAGCAAAUCCAUACCCCAUCACUCCCUUUGCGCGCCCCGAGACCUUGUACGCGGCAGAGGCAGGCCCAUCGUCGAAGCGACAGCGGCUGGAUUCCAGGAGUGGUGUUGCGGGCCAAAGUGCAAUUUCAGGUGCCGAGGCGCCAUGUACUCGUACACGCGAGAUUCAAAGUCAAGAUCGAUAUCCCAGUAGAAGUACAAGUGGCACACUGAGCACCGAUGAUACGAUCCCCGCAUCUGAAGUUUGCGCACAGUGGGUGGGGGGCAUGCAGGAUGGGGAGGGGGCGGGGCAGACGUAUGUUGGGAAGGGCAAGGGCAGGAUGAUUGAGGUGAAGCAAGAGGAGACGGGGUGA